UUUUGUAUUAGCCAUGGAGAAAUGGUUGUGUAGACGAAAGACAGACUUUUGAUGGCGGGUUAUUAUUCUUGCUCAAGCUUAUAUUGCAGCUCCACUAUAAUUCCAAAAUUAUCCUCAGCCACUUCAUCCUUCUCUUCAUCUUCUUCCCCUUCUUAUCCCCUCAUCAAUCCAUCUGGGUUCGUCUCAAUUUCUUCCCACAGAGCUCAACCCAAUCUUCAAUGUCAUUCCAAAUUCGACAAGUUCAAGGGAGAACCUUCCCAAGAGUAUCUUGUAGAAGACACUGAACGAUUAGAUCAGUUAUCUUCAGAAGUGGAUGAAGAAGAUGACAGUUGCUUGCCGUCUGAUUUGGAAGGAGCAGUUCGACAGUCAGGCAUAUCGAGUGCUUCUUUUGUGUCUUCGGGAGGAAUGAGAGCUAUAGUUGAGCUCUUAAUCCCACAAUUGCAGUUUCUUGAUGAUGAGGGAGCCCAAGCUGAGCUAUGGGAGCUCUCAAGAGUAUUCUUGGAUACACUUAUGGAAGAAACAGGAUCUCAGAGAGUUAGAGCAAUAUUUCCUGAUGCUGGUUCUGCUGCUCUUCUGAAGUAUAAAUGGCAAGAUGCUUCUUUUGGUUUCUCAAGUCUAAGUGAUCGCAAGCCUGUGGACAAUGAAGACGAAAUCAUCGUUAUGGUCGUUCCUGACUAUCAAAUGUUGAGUUAUGUUGAGAAAAUCGCAUCCAUGCUUUCUGAUGAUCCACCGAGACCUCUGAUUAUGUGGAACCCACGUCUUGUGAGCGAAGAUGUCGGCGUAGGGUUUAAUGUACGAAAAUUGAGGCGUUACUUCUUGAGUAAAUUCACAGUAGUCUAUUCAAUGAGACCGCUUCCGUCUGGAGCAGUAUUUCGAUGUUAUCCUGGAAAGUGGAAGGUAUUUUAUGAUGAUAAGGAUAGGCCGAACCGAUAUUUCCUUGCAAAGGAACUAAUUAGUCGUCCUGAUUCAGAAGAACUCGAGAUAAUAUUUGGGAACGUGGAGGAGCAGCAGGAGAAAGGUCCUUCUUUUUUUAAUAGAGUUGCAGGAGUAUUUUCUUCCAUGAAUCGGUUCAUGAAAGUCAUUUCAAGAUGAUGAAUGUUUAUGGUUGGUCUCUAAAAGGUUUUAGCUUUAGCAUAUGGGUCAGCAUUUGUAACAACUUCUGAAAACCUAUGCAUAUUUAUUCCAAUAACAUUGCAAACAAUUUCAGAAAAAAUAAUACUUGUAGCAUAAUCAAAAAAAGAAGAAGCAAGGCUAUGUAGUUUAAGUGUUGCAUAAUAAAUUGCACACUUGUGUGUUACAA